AUGCUUCAGUUCCUAUUCAGCCGCAAAGAAGGUAAGAGCAAGAGAGACAAAAAGAAGAAGCAAAGCAAGACCAACGAUAUGCAGAGCAGCGAGCCCAGCCCAUGUCCCAUGUUCGCCAUGGUGUGCGCCAACAACGUGAACCGCAGCGCCGCCGCCCACGAGAUUCUAAACACCGCAGGACUGCGCGUUUGUUCCUAUGGCGCUGGACGUCAGGUGACGUUCCCAGGCAAAACCAUCUCCGACGCGCGCACCUUCAAGUUCCUCACGCCCUACUCGGUCAUGCACAGCAUCUUGGAGAAGGAGGAUGCCGCGCUGUUCACAGGCAACGGCGUCCUUCAGAUUCUGGAGCGAGACAUCCCACUUAAGAAGGCACCGGAGCGCUGGCAAAGCCUCAGCAACAAGCAGCUCAUGGAUAUCGACGUCGUCGUGUGUCUGGACUACGCCAUGUUCCUCACCGUGCUGGAAGACAUUCAGAUGCGGAUUCGACUAAGUUUCAAGACCAAACAGCUUCAUAUUAUCUGUCUCGACACCGUGGAUACACCAGAGGAUGCCUUGACUGGAGGUGAGCGGGUACUUGAGCUCUGCCGAGAGCUGAACGUACCGGUAACCGAGCUUACAGAAGAAUUUGUCAAGACGAUGGUGGAGAAGUUCGAGAAGGAGCACGACCAGCAGAUGUUCUAUCUGGGGCUACACAUGUGA